GCUUAUAAAGGUGUUUGCGGGCGGCCCCCGGGGAGGGGAGCGGGGCCGCAGGAGCGGGGCCAGGCAAUGCGGGAGCUGCGCUCGUCCUCCUUCUGGAGGGCCGUCCUGGCCGAGUUCCUGGGCAGCCUCCUCUACACCCUGCUGGGGCUGGGGGCGUCCCUGCGCUGGGUGCCGGGCCCCCCCAAUGUCCUGGGGGCUGCCCUGGCCUUCGGGCUGGCUCAAGCCACCCUAGUGCAGGCUCUGGGGCCGGUGAGCGGCGGCCACGUCAACCCCGCCGUUACCUUGGCUUUCCUCAUGGCCUCGCAGCUCUCGGUGGCCCGGGCCGUGGGCUACCUCGUGGCACAGGUCCUGGGUGCGCUGGCCGGGGCCGGGGUGCUCUAUGGGCUCACACCGGCCCCGGUCCGCGGCACCCUCGGGCUCAGCGCGCUGCACCCGGGCGUGGGGCCGGGGCAGGGCACGGUGGUGGAGCUGCUCCUCACGGCGCAGUUCGUGCUCUGCGUCCUCGCCAGCUUCGACAACCGCCACGACGGGCGCCCGGGCUCGGCCGCGCUGCCCAUCGGCUUCUCCCUCGCCCUCGGCCACCUCUUCGGGAUGUAUUACACGGGCGCCAGCAUGAACCCGGCGCGCUCCUUUGCGCCCGCCGUCGUCACCCGCAACUUCACCAACCACUGGGUGUUUUGGGCGGGCCCGGUGCUGGGCGCUGCGCUGGGCUCGGUGCUCUACGAGUUCGCGCUGUGCCCGCGGCCGCGCAGCCUGGCCGAGCGCUUGGCCGCCUUCAAGGGAGCUCCGCCCGUUACCGAGCCGCCUCCUUCGCCGCCGGCGGAGCCGCUGGAGCUGAAGACUCAGGGCUUGUAGGUCCCGGCCGCCCCGCCGCUUGGCUGCGUUGUGGUGCGUGUGUGUGCGGCGGGCGGCGGCGGGGCCCGGCCCCCGCGAACCGCCGCGGCGGGAGCGCUGUGUUCGGUGCAUUAAACGGCAGCGUUUAUUUUGGUAA